AUGGAUGCGACAUCGCUUUCAGUGGAGCCACAGACGUACCGCGCCACCAACUGCGAGCUAAACGGCACAAACCUCAUUUACGGCGUUGCGUACCAGGGGGCGUGCAACGACGUGGCCAAGUUUGAGUUUACAAACUGCAAGCUGAGCGGUGGCAUCCACAAGCUUUGCGAUCCCGCGGAGCAAGUCAAAUACACAAACUGUGAGGGUCCCUAA